AGGGUGAAGUCCAAAGUUCAGUCCCCGCGAGGCCUCGGAUAAAUAUGAACCUGGAGAAUUCCCCCGGCCCAAUGUAAACAGCGGGCAGGGCUGCUUCACCGCGCAGGCCGGGCCGGGGGCCGGGGGCACCGCGGGCUCGGGAGUGGGCUCGGGGCCGGGGCGCCAGGAGCGCGGUGCCCCCGCCGCCGGCUCACGGGCGGGCGGGCGGACGGCCAGGCGCGGGAGGCCGGCCGCGUGGCCGGGCGGCGGAGCCAUGGUGGCCAAGCUGAGCCAGCUGCAGGCCGAGCUGCUGGCCGCCCUGCUGGAGUCCGGCCUCAGCAAGCAGGCGCUGCUGCAGGCCCUGGGCGAGCCGGGGCCCUACCCGCUGGCCGGGGACGGCGCGCUGGGCAAGGCGGAGGCCGGCGGCCGCGGGGAGCUGGCCGCGCUGCCCAACGGGCUGGGGGCGGCGCGGGGCUCCGAGGACGAGACGGACGACGACGGCGAGGCCUUCACGCCGCCCAUCCUCAAGGAGCUGGAGAGCCUCAGCCCCGAGGAGGCGGCCCACCAGAAGGCCGUGGUGGAGAGCCUGCUGCAGGAGGACCCGUGGCGCGUGGCCAAGAUGGUGAAGUCCUACCUGCAGCAGCACAACAUCCCGCAGCGCGAGGUGGUGGACACCACCGGCCUCAACCAGUCGCACCUGUCGCAGCACCUCAACAAGGGCACCCCCAUGAAGACGCAGAAGCGCGCCGCCCUGUACACCUGGUACGUCCGCAAGCAGCGAGAGGUGGCCCAGCAGUUCACCCACGCCGGGCAGGGGGGGCUGAUGGAGGAGCCCACGGGAGAUGAGCUGCCGACCAAGAAGGGACGGAGAAACCGUUUCAAAUGGGGCCCAGCGUCCCAGCAGAUCCUCUUCCAGGCCUACGAGAGGCAGAAGAACCCCAGCAAGGAGGAGCGGGAGGCCCUGGUGGAGGAGUGCAACAGGGCCGAGUGCAUCCAGAGGGGGGUGUCGCCCUCACAGGCACAGGGGCUGGGCUCCAACCUUGUCACAGAGGUGCGUGUCUACAACUGGUUUGCCAAUCGGCGCAAGGAAGAAGCCUUUCGGCACAAGCUGGCCAUGGACACAUACAGCGGGCCGCCGCAGGGGCCAGGCCCGGGGCCCGCACUGCCCGCCCACAGCUCCCCCGGCCUGCCCCCCUCGGCCCUCUCCCCCAGCAAGGUCCACGGUGUGCGCUAUGGACAACCUACAACCAGCGAGGGGGCGGACGUGCCCUCCAGCAGCGGCAGCUCCUUGGUGACAGUGUCCACAGCCUUGCACCAGGUGUCCCCCACAGGCCUGGAGCCCAGUCACAGCCUGCUGAGCACGGAAGCCAAGCUGGUCUCAGCAACCGGGGGUCCUCUGCCCCCGGUCAGCACGCUGACAGCGCUGCACAGCUUGGAGCAGACGUCCCCAGGCCUCGGCCAGCAGCCCCAGAACCUCAUCAUGGCCUCGCUCCCCGGGGUCAUGACCAUCGGGCCCGGGGAGCCUGCCUCCCUGGGCUCCACGUUCACCAACACCGGCGCCUCCACCCUGGUCAUUGGCUUGGCCUCCACACAGGCACAGAGUGUGCCUGUCAUCAACAGCAUGGGCAGCAGCCUGGCCACCCUGCAGCCGGUGCAGUUCUCCCAGCCGCUGCACCCCUCCUACCAGCAGCCGCUCGUGUCUCCUGUGCAGAGCCACAUGGCCCAGAACCCCUUCAUGGCCACCAUGGCGCAGCUGCAGAGCCCCCACGCCCUUUACAGCCACAAGCCUGAGGUGGCCCAGUACACCCACACCGGCCUGCAGACCAUGCUCAUCACCGACACCACCAACCUGAGCGCCCUGGCCAGCCUCACGCCCACCAAGCAGGUCUUCAUCUCAGACGCCGAGGCCUCCGGCGAGUCUGGGCUCCACACGCCGGCGUCUCAGGCCUCCGCCAUCCACAUCCCCAGCCAGGACCCCGCCGGCAUCCAGCACCUGCAGCCUUCCCACCAGCUCAGCGCCAGCCCCCCCGUGUCCUCCAGCAGCCUGGUGUUGUACCAGAGCUCCGAAAACACCAAUGGCCACAGCCACCUGCUGCCAUCCAACCACAGCGUCAUCGAGACCUUCAUCUCCACGCAGAUGGCCUCUUCUUCCCAGUAACCAUGGCAACCACCUCCCAGGGGCUGGCACCUGAAGCCUGCACAGCGACUUGGGGGGUGACCAGGGCAUGAGCCUGCAAACAUCUGCUUCUACAGAGCUGCAGUGUCAGAGGGAGGACUGCUCAGUGCACAAGGGGGCGCUGUGGAGAGCUGGGAGGCAGAGCCUGCUCCUGGCAGGACAGGAGGGCCUGUCCCUGCUGCUCCUGGUAAACCUUGUCACUUCGAAAAGAAGGGGACAGACUCUGGACCCCAGUACAGCCAGCCUGGGCCUCUGGAGAGCCCAGCACUCCCACAGGAGCUGCAGUCCCCGCUCAGGACAAAGCCGUGCAGCUGUGCCUCACUGGGCUCUGAGAGGCCUCAGACCAUCCUGUCCCGAGGCCCUGUCCAGGCCACUCCACCCUGCCCUCUUCCUGCUAUUAACCCAAGGCUCGCCGUUCCCGCCCAGCCCCCUCAGAGAGCAUUCCCAGGGGCUGAUCUGCCCAGGCCUGGAGCUCAGCGCCCAAGCCCUCGAGGAAGCGAACUGAAGGCACCAGGGCUCUCCACUUCCCUCUCCCGGGACCCUGGGAGCGCCUUUCCUGGGACACUUGUCCCCUUGCAGCAUGCCUUCUGUGCCAGCCUGCUGUCUUGCCUCUGCUGAAAAGCCCCCCCUCCCUCAAGGCUAGCAAGUGUCCUUGUUCUGUGGGAGCCUGCGACUCUGGGCCUGGUGCUAAGUCCUGGGCAGCAGCUCCCGGGGCCUCUGGGGCCUGCAGACCCUUCCCUGGUUCGAGAAGCUGCCGAGCUCAGAAGGCAGAGGCCUGAGCAGCUGGCAGAACAGAGGUGCCCAGAGGGAGAGGAGAGAGACGAAGCCAGCAGAGAGGAGUCCCCUGUGUGGACAAGACUGAGGCCUGGGAGCCUGUGGCCUGAGAGACGAGGCGGUCCAGGCAGACGCAGCCCCAAAGAGCCGAGUCCCACCCGAGGAACAAGGUGCCGUCACUGGGGCUCCUGCGUCCUCCCCUCUAAUGUGAGAACCGAGCCCUGUAGACCAGCGGUCACCAACCUUUCAGACCUCACAGACCACUAGUGGUCCAAGAGCCACCAGCUGGUGACCGCUGCUUUGACCACCUCCAUCCUGGGACCAUGAAGAGCCUCCUCCCCUGCAGCUGGCAGCCAGCUAAGGACGAGCCUGUACAUUAUUUAACUUUUAAUAAAGUAAACGAGGAAC